AUGACGACACAGCACCCACCGCUAUUUACUGCAUCUCGCCUGCAGACGGCAACCUACCUCCUCGGCGUAUGUCCUUUCUCUAUUGCUUUUUUGGUUUUCCUCAAUUCCUCCGUCUCUUUUGUUGUGACGGAUUUGAUUGGGCUUGAGAGAGGCGAAGGUGACGCUGUCGGAUCGCUCGGGUUUGCCGAUGAGCUAUUGGCACUGAUUGCUUGUCCUGCUUGGGGACUGCUCUCGGACAAAAUAGGUGUUCGCUAUGUCUGCACAAUCGGUUAUACGAUCAUUGCUCUGGCACUGGUCAUCUUCGUACAAGCCUCUAAUGUUUACCCGCAACUCCUCCUUGGACGGCUUCUUUUCAGCCUCGGAGGCUCAGCUGUUUCGACCAUGGUUACGGCAAUACUACCUACAGUAACGGAAGGCAAUACUCAUCAGGGAGGCUCGUCUCAUUCACGGCGAUCAUGGCACACCUGGAGACCAUCUCUUUCAUCCGAAGUAACGAUCACGCCGUCUCUCUUCGAACGGCAACGUUCCCAGGAGCAGGAGACGGAACAAAUUACCUCUCCGACUUCAUCCUCCUCUCGACUAGCUGGAUUCGUGGGGCUUUUCGCAGGCUGUGGCGCAUUGAUUGCGCUUACUGUGUUCUUACCUCUUCCAGCGUAUUUCGAGAACUCCGGUUCAUCGCCAGCCCAAUCCAUUCGACAAAGCUUCUAUGUUGUGGCAGCAGUGGCAUUCCUUGUUGCAAUUGCUUGUUUCUUUGGGCUCCGGAAUCUGGCCGGAGAGGGAGAGAAGUGCAUUCAGUCGCUGUGGCAGGAAGUGCGAGCAGAUGAUGAAUACUUCAAUCCCCGGCCAAGAACAACUGUUAACUAUGGCAAAGACCUUCUAAGUGCUUUCUAUCUUGGGUUCCAACAUCCUGAAAUCUGCCUAGGCUACAUCGGUGGGCUCGUUGCUCGGGCGUCUUCAGUUGCCAUUUCUCUUUUCAUCCCGUUGUUUGUCAACCACUACUAUCGAAAAUCAGGCUUGUGCCAUACGACACAUGUGGAAGACGCGCCUUCAGGUGGCCUUGGUGACAUUAAAAAGUCCUGCCCGGAAGCAUAUAUAUUGGCCUCGAUCUUGACGGGUGUGUCACAGUUGAUAGCUUUGCUUACAGCCCCAGUAUUUGGUUACCUUUCGGAAAGAUCGCGUCGGUACAACCUACCGCUUAUCUGCGCUGCGCUUUCUGGCGUAAUAGGAUAUGUGGCUUUCCCUCUGCUAACAAGCCCACAGUUCAAAGGGCCAGAUGGAAGUGGUAGCGUCCUUGUCAUUGUGACUUUUAUCGGAAUCAGCCAAAUUGGAGCUAUUGUCUGCAGCUUGGGAAUUCUUAGCAAUGGUGUCUUGAGCAUCAGGCCUCACGGCAGUCGUCAAGAAAACAGGUCACCGGGAGAGCCCGAGUCAGGGUCGGGCCGUGAGGAGGAUAAUGACAUUAAUCCGCACACUGAACAUGAUCCACUCAUCACAAAACCGGGUGGAAGCCUCGCGUUUCCGAACUUGAAGCACCUGAAAGGCUGCAUUGCAGGAAUAUACUCGCUUUACGGUGGAGCUGGUAUACUUCUGUUGACUAAACUGGGGGUAUUUUACUCCUAUCAUGUUUGGCGUGUAUUCCAUGGCGCUCGCGGAGAAGCUUCGUCUGAGUUUAGAUCGCGCGCUCUAUUCUUUGUUGUUUACUGUUCCAUUCAGCUGGGGAUGGCUUCAAACACGAACUCUCAGCAGCAACAACAACAACAACAACAGCAACAGCAGCAACACGCCGACUUCCACGCUGCUUCCAACCCUCACAUGGACCAUACAAACUACACAACAAGCGAAAAUCAACUAGCAGGUCUGGUUCAAGCAGCAACUGCAGCAGCAGGUCAGGACGUGUCUGAGUGGGCGGCUGCUGCUGCUGCCGCCGCCGCUGCCGCAGGCCACCACCACCUCGAAAAUUAUCCAACCGACCUACAUUUACCAGAUGAUGGAUUCGGGGAGGCGGAAUUUGGAAGCCUUAAUUCUCCUCCCCCGCCUCAAGGCACUGGACGACAAGUUCGUGGAUCGCUUGUCAACAACGGACAAGGUGGCGGUCAGGAGGGGUUGUCGCGCGCUGCUUCGAAGAAAAGGAAGCGUGGAGAUGAGGCCCUCGAUCCGGCGUUGACGGGGGUAGGCGGUCAAAAUGAACACCAACAACAAACGUUUGAUACAAGCGAAUUGAACAUAAGAGAGUUAGCACCAAACCAGUCGGUGACUGAUGCGCGAGCCGCUGGAGUGCAUUCUGCAGCUGCUCUGUUCCGACAGCCGUCCAACAAUAAGAAAUAUACUCGACCGCCGAUGUCCCGUUUAUAUGCCUCACUUGAACUCUCACCCGAGAAUUUUCUACAUCUGCAGGCAGCCGCGAAGAACUAUAUGUUGGACGAAAAUUAUCCGGACCGGCGCGAUUGCGUUGGUCAGCGUGGGAAAGGUGAUACCGAGAUGGUUAAGUUGCGGCUAUGGAACUGCGUGCGUGACUUCCUCGAGAUUGAGGGAUAUGGCGAGCGCUUUUUCGGCGAGCACGUUGUCAACGAAGGCAUGCCGCCGCGUCAAUAUGUUUGGCCUCGAGAUCAGCACAAAAUUAUUUCGCUUGUGAUCCCAUUACUUCGACGUAUGGUGACUAAUGAACGGCAGAGACAGUAUGCAAUUGAGACGCGCAAGGGUGGCUCGGGUGGCACUGCUGCUGGCGGUAGUGCUGAAGACCGUAAGCGACGAAAGACGGAUGAAAGCCCUGCGAAUAUAAGUGCAACAGAGAAAACAUCUCCAGACUCGCAGCAACCGCAACCGCAACAACAACAACAACCGUCUCACGCACCUGUGCAGCAUCAUAGUCAAGAUAUUCACAGUCAUUAUGUACCGCCUCCUCCUUUACCGCAACAGGUCUUCUCAACUUCCGGGGCAGAAAUGGGGAUCGGAUUAUCGCCGCUAGUGUUGGAUGGUUACUCGACCGAUUGGGAUGAAAUUUCAAGGUCCUAUAACAUGUAUAAUCAGGGAUACCAGCUGGAUACUCUCUGGGGGGUAUCUGGAUUGCAACAACCAGAUUGGUGGGGGUUGGUCGCCGCAGUUGACAGCCAUUACCAGGUGCUCCAUGGUGGAAACCCGACGAAGUGUGUACCAGCGUGUGGAGCCAACCAUCUCCAACAUAUCUUAACAUCGGAUGAAAUUUCUCAGCUGGGCUGGCGAAUCGGUACAUCAAACUCCACGGCCCGAACAGACUUUGCAAGCAGUGUCACUCGUGACCUCGACCGCAUCAUCAAGGAGAGCCUCAUCAACAAAAUCCAAGGCACUGGUCAAGAUAUUCAUGAGGAAGCAAACCGCCUUGCAAGUGAGCACAACCUAUCUCAAGUACCUUAUCUGUCGGACAUGCACCAAUCUCCGUACGGUUCAGGGCCGAUGCAAAUUCAUCAUCAUCCUCAUCACCAACAUCACCAUCCACACUCCCACGAGACAUCGCCCAUUACUCUACGGUUCAGCGUCAUGUACGAAGGCAAGCGUAUCUUCCCCAGGCUUGAUGUAACUGCAGAGCAGUGUCCGGACCUCGGCAGCCUUUGCAACCUGAUCGCUCAUCGCUGGUCCGGCCAGUUCCCGGUGUCGACCUGUGACAGCAACGGAAACGUCGAUACGACGGGUUGGAGGAUCCAGGCCUGGCUCCCUGAUGGACUGGUCACGCAGGACAAUGACGGCGACUGGACGAUUGCGCAGUUGACGGCGGGAACGGUUGACUGGAUGGAGAAUGAUUUGCGAGUUCUUAUUGACAUCGGCGCGGACCCGAAGCGGAAUACUAGUCAGUAG